AUGACAAGGACAUUUACAGACGACCACCGGACACCAGUAAUUAUGACGGACUUGACACACAUUCGCAAAUUAGUAGCCACUCUAAGAUUCCACCAUAGGACUGCUAGGAGUUUAAAUUUGAUCGGAACGGCACUGAAGGUCAUUGCCGUCUUCCCGGUCCAGCACAACAAGAUCUUGAACUUCGACGACGGAAAUCUGGUGGCGGAAUGCAGAUCCCGGAACAUCAACAUCGGAAACUGCAAGACAACGGUCGGCGCCACUUUCUGCAAAGAACUGCAGAAUGGCACUUGCGCUCAGCAGAUCAUCUCCGGGGCCUUUGCACACUGUUCUACACUUCCCGGGCACCUGGAUUCGGUGACCAUUGUAGACCACGGCACUCUCAUUGUGAAUGAUGCCAACGUGACCAUAACCGACAGCCAAGGGAAAGACCAGAAAGUGUCAGGUACCUACCUGGUAACAUACACCGAAAAGGUAGCCCUCAAUGGGACUUGGUACAUUAAUCAGCUAGGAAAUUCAAAUAAAAAACCAGCUGUGUCGGUCAUCGUCGUUGUAAACGUCACGACUCAUCAGAAUAGGUUAAGCCUUCCACUUCUCCACGAACUAAGUCUGAGGAACCUUCACCACAUCGGGACUCUUAGAGAGAAACUCACCUUGGGGUCCCUCCUCAGCAAUUCCUUCGCCAUACUUACUGCCUUCCUAUUGAGCUACCACCACCUAAAGACCAGGAGCCACACAAAGCCAGGAGACAACAGUGAUGUGGAGCAAGUGGGUCACCGGGACGGCGACCUCUUAAAAGGCGGAGAAGUUAACACAAGCAGUUCUCACGGAGUGAAACUGCUGAAUUGCAGGCCAUAUCCGGUGGUCUGCACGCGCACUAAACAAACUGCUGAUCGCGUACUCCAGGUGCAAUUGCCCGGAGCCCGCACGGAGCACUCGCGGAGCGAGUGA